AUGGACCCUAAAGAAUCAGACGGUUCUGGACCCAGCUCCAAGCUGCUCUUCAUCAAUUCAACCGAAUCUGCACGCGGUAGGCCGCGGGAUUCAAAGACCAAGCGCCAGAUCCGGCAGCAUGUCAUGCGAGACAUUGGCAAGGCUCGCCGCAAGCCACCCAGGAACCCGCAGGUAAAGCUGCGUGUGCGAUCUACAGACCCGGCUGCGGAGCCGUCUUCUUCUUCUUCUUCUUCUUCUACUUCUUCUUCUUCUCUUGCUGCUCCUACAAAUACGGGAGCAACGGGCCCUGGCGAGAGCCAGCUCAUCACGCUUUCGCAAUCACGGCAACAGCAGUCACAACAUGGAAGCGAACAGCGGUCUCUUCCUCCCCUCCCUCGUCCAUUCUGGGACCAGCAUCCCCUGGCCCUCAUGCAGAAUUCCUGGGGCAUGGACGCCUUUGCGGCAUAUGGUCUGGCCCUGGCAGCCUCUUGGAAUAGUGUGAGAAGCUCUCGUAAAUCCCGUUUCUGGUUCCCGUUUGCUUUCAAGGAUGCCGGCUUCUGCCGCAAACUCCUCACAGGACCCGAAAUCCGCGCCGCUGUUCGCUCGCAGACGAUGGAAAGGAGCAUCGCCUUUGCUCUGGCACGCUCCACAGAUGUCGUGGCCUGCAUCGAAUCAAGGCUGAGGGAUCCUGAUCCCAACAUGGCCGUGGCCGAUAAUGUUAUCCGGGGCGUCAUGGGUUGCAUCUGCUACAACUUCAUUGUUGGAGACUUGGCUCAAGCUCUCGUCCAUCUGAACGGGCUCAAACUCUUGAUUAACAGGAGAGGGGGAAUAGACAGUCUCUCCGAUGACCAAAACAUGGCCAUGAUGGUCUUUUGGAUCGACACAAUCGCUUCUCUGCUCUUUGAACAAAGGCCCUGGUUUCCAAUGCCUUCAAGGCUACAUGUACCAAUCGAUACACUCCCACGCCAUGAUUCCUCCGACAUCCUCACUGUCCUGCCUUUCCAUCUCAGUGCCAUGUGCCCCGACCUCAACGCUCACCAACUGUGCGUCGUCUCGGCGUUACAAGACAUAGCAAGUCUCGCCGACACUGUCCAAUCAAAACUAGCCGCCUGGGGUGAAGAACUCUGGAAAGAAGAAGUCUUCCUCGGCACACGGCUCAACCCAAUCGCAUAUCGUCUCAUGGACACUCCUCCACACCCUCAUCCCGAUAUGCCAUGCGUCUUCGUCGAGACUCUUCGCUUGGGCGCCCUUCUCUGGAUCCUACGGGUGAAAAACAUGGCACAAGCUUAUCCAGGCACGCCCGCCACAUAUGUCACCAAACUGCUGCAUCUCCUGCAAGACCGCAGCAUCGAGAACCUCGUCUCAGCAUCGGCCUACUACAUUCCCUUCCAGCUGUGGCUCCUAUUGCUCUGUGCAACCAUGUCAGAAAUCCCCAAUGAAAAGACUCAUGCUCUCGAGAUGGUUGCUCGCAUGAUGAACGAAUACGGCUGGGAGUGGGAGGAAAUGAUGGUGAAUGUCAAACAACUUCCGUGGAUAACUGGAUUCGAAGCGUAUGCCCCGUCUAUCGCCACUCAAACUCAGCUGUUGAGAAGCAUGGUGUGA